AUGCUCAUUUCGUACGGCAUCUCCAUGGCAGUGUUAAAUUCAGCGGUUAAUGCGCUUUGUGAUCCCAUGCGCAAGUACUUGACCAAGUUCAUGGACCCGUUCAUGAUCGUAGCAAUGCGUGGGCUCAUCCAGGUACCGUUAUUCGUUCUAUGGGCCAUGUUGGACUCUGGUGGUCGCUUACCACAGCUCAACCACCUCUUUUGGAUGUCCGUGUGCAUCAGCGGUGGCAUUAACAUCGUCACUAGCUACUUGUACAACCGAGCUAUUCAGAUCUCUACGCUCUCUGCGACAGUCCCAUUCCUGUCUUUCACGCCCGCAUUUCUUGUGAUCGUUGCGUUUCUCGUGCUCGGUGAAGUUCCCACGGUCUCCGGUAUGCUGGGCGUUUCGAUUGCCACGCUGGGAGGCUUCUGGCUGCAAAGUGCCAAGGACGUAUACCCAAGCAAGGAUCUACUGGUUGAUGUGUCGAAUGCGGGAAAAGGGUCACUAUAUAUGAUCAUCGUGGCUUUUCUGUGGAGUAUCUCGAACUCGUUCGACAAAAUUGGCGUGCAGAACGCGACGCCGCUAGUGUAUGGUGCUGCUAUUCAGGUCAUUGUGGCUGGAGGCAGCUACAUCUUACAGAAAAAGCGUGUAGGAGGUGAGGAGGUCUACGUCCCGAUCGGACAAGAGGUGAAGAUUCCGUGGAAAUUUGUCAUCCUUACUGGCGUCACGAGCGUCGUGGCGUACUAUAUCAACCUCGUGGCGAUGCAGCACCUCGAGGUCUCGUACGUGAUCGCGAUCAAGCGAUCUGGCUGCAUAUGGAGUGUGCUAAUGGGGCGAUUUUUAUUUCGAGAGCAGAAUCUGCGUACGAAAAUUCCUGGCAUUUUGCUUAUGGUCCUCGGUGUUGUUUGUAUUGUCGUGGGAAAGAGGAAAGCGUAA